AUGGAGCUGCUGUUGCGUCGCGCGGCGUCGUCGGCGUCGGCGCUGCCGCAGGGCCGCCUCCUCGUGGCCACCUACCGCUCCAAGCGCAGCCAGGCCAAGCGCGAGGCGUUCCGCGUGGCCAGCGGCCUGCCCGUCAACGACAAGAAGAAGAACAAGGAGCAGCGCCGCUCGCAGCGCAAGCCCCAGCGCCAUGAGCCCGCGCCGCGCGUGGAGGAGCCGCCGCGCCCGACGCUGGAGGAGAUCGACCGGGAAUGGGCCAAGAUGCGGCUGCGCACCAUGGUCGUCCCGCCGGCGGUGAUGCCGGCGCGCACGCGCAAGGAGAUCGAGAACAAGCGCCGCAUGCGGCGUCUGGGCCUGCUGCCCGACGAGGACGAAGAGGAGGGCGACGGGACGGGCGCCUCGGACCCGCGCAACACGGGCUACGUGGGGAAGCGCGAGGCGCCGUCCAACCCGCUGCACUUCUACGACGGCCGACAGUCGCGAGCGGAGAAGCAAGCCGAGGCCGAGAGAUACAGAACCACGGGCCGGCUGCCGGCGAGGCGGCCGGUGUCCAUGAAGGAUAAGCAGUUCACCAACAUCACGCCGGCGCCCGACAAUGUGGUGGAGCGCGAGUUUAUGAUCCCGGACGAGCCGCCCAACCCCAAGGCGCUAGACCUUGCGGUCAUCGGUCGCCCGAACGCAGGCAAGUCCUCCAUCAUGAACCGGCUGCUCAAUGUGACGGUGUCGGCAGUGUCGCCGAAGUACAACACGACCAGAGACCGCAUUCUGGGCAUCUACACGGAGGGCGAUGCGCAGCUAUCGUUCUACGACACCCCUGGUCUGAUCAAGCCGAAGGAGACGCACGAGUACGUGCAGACCUUGGUGACCACUGCAGCCGAGACGCUGCAGGGUGUGGACCUGUCGCUGCUGGUUGUAGACUCGGUCAAGCGUCUCGAUGACGCCGCCCUGCAGGCGCUGGAGAAGGUGCUGACGACCUCGGCCCAGGUGUGCUCACCCACGAUGCUCGUGAUGAACAAGUUUGACCUGGUGGGCAAGCGCGAGAAGAUCAACCUGGACUACAAGGUCAAGGAGCUGUCCCAGAUGAUCGAGGAGAUCUACGGCAAGCACUACGACGCCGAGGGAGCGUCGUUGAAUAUCGACCCGCUGGCUUACAUCGGCGAUAACUGCGUCAAGGUGUCGGCCAUGAAGGGCUACGGCAUGGACAACCUGAAGAAGACCCUGCUGUCGCUGGCCGUGGAUCGACCGUGGAGCUACCACUCGUCCAUGCACUCGGACAUGUCCGACUUGGACCUGGUGGCGGAGAUCAUCCGCGAGAAGCUCUUCCGCCGGUUCAACAAGGAGCUGCCGUACACGUUUGAGCAGGAGAACGUCGGCUGGACCAAGUUCAAGGACAAGAGCAUCCGCAUCGACCAGGACAUUUUCGUUCCUGCUGCCCGUGUCCGCAAGAUGGUGGUCGGACACAACGGCGACACGAUUCGCUCCGUGGGUAUGGCGGCCCGGGACGAGAUCGAGCAAUUGCUCAAGCGCAAGGUGCACUUGUACCUGAACGUCCGCAAAAGCGCGAUGGAGUUCAAGCACGAGGGCAACGCGCUGUUCGUGGACGAGGCGUACGAGGAAGCGGCGCGCUGCUACUCGCGCGCGCUGGAGACGCAGCCGCAGGACGCGGACGCGCUGUCCAAGCGCGCGGCGGCCUUCCUGAAGCUGCACAAGCUGCGCGAGGCCGCGGCCGACGCGUCGCGAGCCACGGAACUGGACGCGACGCUGCACAUGGCGCACCUGCGUCACGGAGUGGCGCAGUUCGAGCUGGAGAAGUACGCGGAGGCCAAGCGGGCGUUCCAGCGUGGCAAGGAGGCGGCGCCCAAGGGCAAUGAGGCGCUGCUCAAGCGCUUCCAGACGUGGAUCCGCAAGUGCGACGCAGAGCUGGACAGCGAUGGAGAGGCUGAGCUCGUGAUUCCGGAUGACCCGGCUCCAGUAAAGGCCUUGACGCCGAACAACCAGAGCGCUGCUGUAGUUGCACCGUUGCCGUCAGGUACUCACGUGACGGUCUCGAUUUUGCAGAAGAAGCUGGCACAAGAAGAUGUGGAGGUCACUAUGGAGCCGAAGAAGCUUCUUGUGCGUGUGAAGCUUGACGGUGAGGUCGUGGAGGCCUUCAAUGAGGCUCUCUUCGACGAAAUCGUGCCUGCCGAGAGCUCGUACAAGGUCCUGGGCACGAAGGUGGAGCUGAAGCUGAAGAAGAAUAGCAACGGCAUGCACUGGGACAAGCUCGAGGAGGUGGUGUACCAGACCGGUACGCAGGUUGUGACGGGUCCUGCGGCCGUAUUUGAAGCGAAGCCCGAGAGCGUGCCGCGCCCGUACGCGAGCGCCCGCGACUGGAAUCAGAUAGAGCGGGCGAUCGGCGAGGAGCUGGAGGCCGAGAAACCCGAAGGCGAGGAGGCCAUGCAGAAGCUCUUCCGCGAUAUUUAUGCCAAGGCCGACGAGAACACGCGCAAGGCCAUGAACAAGUCCUUCCAAACUUCCGGCGGCACGGUAUUGUCCACCAACUGGAAAGAGGUGGCCGACAAGGACUACGAGAAGGAGCGAACGGCGCCCAAUGGAAUGGAGUGGAAGAAGUGGGGCUAA